UACUCUGUCUUUAUAAGAUUUCUUAGUAAGGGUUUAACGUUUUGUUGUUUCCUAACCAAAAGAUGUAAUUGUGUUUAAUUAGCUAAGAAUGAGAAACAUGACAAACAAGAACGCUGUAUUAUAAGGGGAUCAUUAGACAUCGUCAUACAUUUAUUUACCAUAUAUCAUUAUCAUAAUCAUCAGCCAUAGCAGCUACAGCAGCACUAGCAACAUUCGUCGUCUUGCUCGUCAUCUCCGUCGUUGUCGUUACAGAAGCAAUUAAAUUAAUUAUCUCAUGCUCAUGAUGACGACGAGAAAGUGCCAUCGGCCAUAUAUUUACGACUAUGGAAAGUCUUAUCUCGGCGACAAGUUGUUAUCACUCAGACCACCUCCGGUCGCACAAGACUUACUAAUAAGAGUCCAUAAUGGCAGCAUUGUAUCUUUUCGUUGUAUUGUGCUCCGCAAUUGUACGCCUUAAAGUGAAUGCUGACGUCACUAUCGAGGAACGUCUGCAGCGUCUAGAGUCACGUGACCGCAUUUUGGAAGACCGGAACCGGAAUUUGGAGCUUGAAAUCGAGGCCGAGAGGAAGGCGAGACUGCAGCUCGAAACGAAGAUAAAAGUUCAGGAGAAGAUAUGGGCGGAUGUCAUACAUCAACUAAGUGAAGAAAGUGGUCCUGUAAGAGGUGCCCACCGGCGACAGCUCGCCGAAGGUACGGAAGUCGCGUUCUUCGCGGAGGUGAGCCACAAUGUCGACCAUCUUGGUAAAGGCCAGGCGAUUAUCUUCGAUAAGGUGAUGACCAACAUCGAUAGUACCGGCUCCACGGGCGGCUACCAUGGCGCUUCCGGUGUGUUCACGGCGCCACUCGCGGGCCUGUACGUGUUUUCCGCCACCGUCAUGAGCAACUACAAUCACUCGUUCCACGCCGUGAUAUACAAGGAGCAGACCCCGCUCUCCACUAUGUGGAUUCAUGGUGGCGCCAAAAGUCAUGACAGCUCCUCCAAUACGGUGGUAGUGUCGCUGGCGCAAGGCGAGGAGGUGACCGUACGCCACAUAGACACUGAUCACGGUGUUGCCGGCGCUUACUACGGAGGACAGUCGAUUUUCUGUGGGUUUCUGCUCAUGGAACAUUUCCCGGGUUCUCCUGUUGUUGGUUGACUGGUUGAUUGGUUGAAUUAAAGUUUAAAAAACGG